AUGAAUAAAAUUAAUAAAAAAUCAAAAGUUAAUAAACAAAAAAAUAAGAAGUCGAAAGUAAUUAAAAGAACUCGGUGUAAUUAUGAUAAAGCUAAUUUAAAAUUAGCAGUUGAAGAAGUUUUCAAUGGAAAGACAACAGCCGAGGUUUCCAGGAAGUAUAAUGUUCCAGAGUCGACAAUUAGAGCAAAAAAACAAUGCAAAUACAACGAUAAACCACCAGGACCAUCAACAGUUCUAAGUAAUAUAGAAGAAAAUGAGCUGGUAGAGUGGAUUUUUUACUGCUGCAAGCAAGGGUUUCCUAUAACCAAACAAAAAUUAUUAGAUAGUGUUAAACUAUUAUGUGACUCUGAUGACCGCAAAACUCCAUUUGUGGAUAAUAGACCAGGACGCUCUUGGUAUGAAGCUUUUAUAAAACGUCAUCCUCAAGUAUCUGAAAUAGUUUCUGAAAAUUUAUCUGUAACCCGAGCCCAAGUGACAGAAUUAGGUAUACGUGCAUGGUUUCAAGGAAUCAAGAAUCACCUCAUUGAAAUUUCAACAGAAGAAGAUAUUUUAAAUAUUGAUCCUUCGAGGAUUUUUAAUGCAAAUGAAAUUAGUGUCUCCAUGAAUCUUAAACCAUCUGUUCUUGCGUCAGGAGGAACUAGGGACGAGUACAGUAUUGUUAGUAAGAAUAAAAAAGAAAAUAUCACCGUUCUUAUCACUGCUAAUGCAGCAGGUAACUUAGUACCAACUUUGCUACUUUUCGCAGGUAAAAGCAUACCUAAAGACGUUAUAAAAGUAGCACCUAAAAACUUUAGUUUGGGUCAUUCAGAGAAUGGUUCGAUGACGGCAAAAACUUUUUACGAGUACAUAGGGAAUGUUUUCUUCCCGUGUGUUGUCCAAAAUAAUAUUAAGCUUCCAAUUAUAUUGUAUAUUGAUGGACUUUGUCCACACGUAUCUUUACCUUUGAGUCAAUUUUGUAGUGAAAAUAAAAUUAUUCUCAUUGCUUUACAUCCUAACGCUACUGAUAUUUUACAACCGUUGGAUGUAGCGCUUUUUCGAACAUUCCCAGCAGCUUACCAAAGAUCGUUUCAAACUUUAUGUGAAAAUUCUGGUACAAUUAGUAUAAAGAAAAGUCAAGUAGCUCUUGUACUACAGAAAACAUUCGAGAGUUUAGAUUUAAAAAAAAUGUUGGAAAACGGGUUCAAAACAUGCGGAUUACAUCCUCUGAACGCUGACGCAAUUGAUUACAGUAAAGUUUUCAAAAAGCUCACAACUUCUUGUUAUGAAAUAGAAAGCUCUUCAACGUCUGAAGGUACAAUGCCUGAAAUAUCCACUGAAACUGAAUCUUUACGAGUUCUAGAGAGUUUGAUAGACGAAGACACAUUAAGAUCAUUCAGAGCCAAUGAUAGCUCCAUUUGGGGAGGAAGAAAAGAAGAUGAAAGUCUCUUUAAAAUUUGGUUCAAAUUGACAAAACCAACCGUUGAGCUCCAAAGAGAAGAAUCUGAGGUCCAAGAAAGCAAUAAUCAGUAG